AUGCAGACUACAUUAAAAUUUGACAUUAGAAACUGCGUCGACCAUAAUUUUGACUUUAAUGAUGAUGACGACGAAGAAUUAACAGGCAUGUUGCACGAACUUGGAAGUACUUGGAUCUUUGGCAAUGGUACGGGGAUGUUACCGAAUAUACCCCAAGGGGAUCUGUUUGAGGAGUUCCAUAGAAGGUGGAAAUCUGGUAUUAUUCACCCGGUCGGUCCGGACGUUCAUAUAAACGUGGAAGACCACAAGUCUUUUUGCGAGGCGCUUUAUCAGCUGCAUAAACUCAAGAAUGAAAUUGAUGAGCGAGACAUUGUUUACAGUAAGUUAUUUUACUGUUUUGUUACUUGCACUGAGCAAGGUCUUUCUUCAAAACUGUGAAAUAUUUGAACCCAGGAGUCAUUUCAGGUUUCAAGUUGAUCGUUUUAUUUCACAGGAUCUAAACGGAUGGACUUGCAUGCGCUUAAUAGAUGAUCUCGUGCUAACUGAAGAAAGCAGAUCUGUAUACCUUGUUAUAGGAAAUUAACGCUCCAUUAACAUCUUCACAUAGACCAUAAUGCACCUUGGUUACACCCCAAAAUUUUGCAUAUCGAUUGGUUCGAAUUGUUUUAUAGUCGGCCUAAGAGAACUCGAAGACAAUGGUUAUGCAAAA